AUGAAGGCCGCUCGCUCAGUGCGGGUGCCCCGCAUUCAGAGUACCAGCACUGCUGGCAAGCGACUCGUGAGCCGUACUGGCACCUCGAACUCAUCUGUGGCUGCCAGCAACGUCUUCCAGUCGCUAUCGCCAUCUGCCACCGCGCCGACGCCACGGAAAGCGCUCACAGCUCCCCUGUCCAAAUUGCCGCUGUCCACUGUUCUACGCUCUUUGAUGAUCCUUUCUGUCUCGUCCUCUCCCCUGCUUCUCAAGCCUUGCAUUUAUACUCUUUCCGUCCUGGCCCACCCUCGCUCGGCCUUGUUCGAUGUCUCCAAAAACCCGAUAUUGAACUUCCUUGUGAAGCACACCAUUUACAAGCAGUUCAAUGCGGGUGAGAACAAGACCGAGGUUCAGCAGUCAAUCAACAACAUCAAGAGCCUUGGGUGCCGUGGUGUUCUCCUGGGCUAUGCCCGUGAGGUCCUGGUUGGAGAGAACCAGGAAGCUGAGCUUGAUGCCAAGGCAGCUCAAGCUGAGGUUCAAACCUGGUUUGAUGGUACUAUGAAGACUGUUGAUAUGGCACAGGAGGGAGACUUUGUCGCACUCAAGUUCACUGGUAUGGGAACCGACGCUCUUCGCCACCUCCAGAACGAGGCCAUGCCCUCUGAAUUCAUGGACUCGUCAAUUCAGAAGGUCUGUGAUCUGGCUAUCUCUCGUGGUGUUCGUCUGCUCGUCGAUGCCGAGGAACAGGCUGUGCAGCCUGGCAUCGAGGCUUGGAUCAUGAAGUACCAGAAAUAUUGCAAUUCCCAAACCCCCGGCCGCGCCAUCUUCUACGGCACAUACCAGGCAUAUCUCCGCUCUACCCCUAUCACUCUCAACCGCCAUCUUGAGAUGGCCCGCCGCGACGGAUAUACUCUCGGCGUGAAGCUUGUUCGUGGCGCAUACAUGAAGACCGAGCCCCGUCAGCUGAUCUGGGCCGAGAAGGAGGAUACCGACAAGUGCUAUGACGAGAUCGUCGAGGCUCUUCUGACCCGACGAUACAACUCCAUGCUGCAGGCUCCCAAUAAGGAUGCCACCGAGCUGCCUCCCGUCAACGUGAUUAUCGCCACACACAACCGCGAGUCUGUGCGCAAGGCUCAUGCCAUUCGUGUGCAACAGUCCCUCAAAGGCGAGGACUUCGGUGUCGACCUCAGUUACGCCCAGCUCCAGGGUAUGGCUGAUGAAGUUAGCUGCGAACUGCUCCAAGGAUUUGAGAGUGCCGAGGCUAGCGUUGGUGCUACUCCCAUGGCUGCUCCCAAUGUCUUCAAGCUUUUGACUUGGGGCUCCGUCCAGGAAUGCAUGGGUUUCCUCCUCCGUCGGGCUGUCGAAAACACCGAGGCCGUCGGACGGACGAAGGACUCUCAGAUCGCCAUGAUUGCUGAACUGAAGCGUCGUUGCCUGAAGGUCUUUGGUCGCAACUAG